UAAUGUCGACGCUUCGUGUAGCUUUGGUACAGUUGUACGGUCGUCCAACGAAGAAGGAGUGUAUUGCAAAUGCGAUCACACAAAUCCGGCUAGCAAAGGAUCGCGGUGCACAGUUGAUUAUACUACCGGAGUGCUUUAACUCUCCGUACAGUACGGCCGAAUUUGGACGGUAUGCUGAAGAGAUUCCACGUGGUGAAACGAGCCUCGCAUUGGCUAAGGUAGCGGCCGAGCUGGGUAUAUAUUUGGUCGGUGGUACAUUCCCGGAACUUGACGGAACCAAGCUGUACAACACCUGCCCGGUAUUUGGACCGAAGGGAGAACUGUUGUGCAAGUACCGGAAGAUGCAUCUCUUCGACAUGGACAUCCCGGGGCGAUGCACGUUCCAGGAAUCGUCCGUACUGGCCCCUGGUGAUCGAUUGGCAACGUUUUCCAUCGGCACGCUCAAGAUCGGUAUUGGCAUUUGUUGGGACAAGCGGUUCCCCGAGUUGACGGCGUGCUAUCGUCAGCUGGGCUGUGAUAUGAUGAUCUUCCCGUCUGCCUUCGACCCGUACACUGGUCCACUGCAUUGGGAUCUGCUGGGUCGAUCGCGCGCUCUAGACAAUCAGAUGUUCGUGGCGCUAGUGUCACCGGCAAGGGACCCCACGACCGAUUACGUCGCGUACGGUUACUCGCUGCUGUGUGAUCCUUGGGGCCGGGUACUGUGCCGGGCCAAGGAGGAUCAGGAGCUGCUCGUUACCGACAUCGAUCUCAAGCUGUGCGCCGAGAUUAAGCAGCAGAUACCCGUGCUGCGUCAGAAGCGGAGUGAUAUUUACGAAUUAAAGGUUAAGAAAUGAGGCUAGUGGUCGUUUAGCGGUCCGCUUUGGACCACUUACUCCACUUAAUGGUCAAUAACGAGGCACUAAAUAAAUCGUAACAAUC